AUGGAAGGAGGUGAUGCCGGAGGAGGAGGAGAUAGAGAGGUGAAAUUCAGGGGAGUUAGAAGGCGGCCGUGGGGGAAGUUUGCAGCAGAGAUUCGAGACUCCAACAAUCAGGGUGCUAGAGUUUGGCUCGGCACUUUUAACACUGCAGAGGAGGCUGCCCGAGCAUAUGACAGGGCAGCAUACAGGAUGAGAGGCCACUUGGCCGUUCUCAACUUCCCCCAUGAGUAUCCUUCUUUGGGCACCAGAAGCGGCGCUUCCUCUUCAGGUGGAACCGCCCGGAGACAAGUCUUUGAGUUUGAGUACUUGGAUGACAAGGUUCUCGAGGACCUUCUUCAGUCCGAUGAUGAUCAUGAUAACAACAACAACAACAACAGAAGAAGAUCAUGA